CGGCAUCAUCAAGCGUGGUCGCACAGUAAUGACGACACACAACCAGGAAGCACAAGCGGGAGGCUGGGAAACGUUUGGAGAACGCGGUUAAUUUAGCAUUCAGUCACGAAUUAUUUAGGACUGGGGUUAUGUCUCUGAACAAGUCCAUGCAUCCCAGAAACCGCUACAAAGACAAACCACCAGACUUUGCCUACUUGGCUUCCAAAUAUCCAGAAUUCCAACAGCAUGUCAACACCAGUCUGAGUGGACGAGCCGUAGUAAAUUUCAAAGAGCCGGAAGCUGUGAGAGCUUUGACAUGCACCCUGCUCAAGGAGGACUUUGGUUUGACCAUUGAGAUUCCUCUGGAGCGCCUCAUCCCCACCGUGCCUCUUCGCCUCAACUACAUCCACUGGGUGGAGGAUCUCAUCGAUGGCCAGAAGCAACCACGCAGAGGCAUUGACAUCGGCACUGGUGCAUCCUGUAUCUACCCCUUGCUGGGAGCCACAAUGAACGGCUGGUUCUUCCUUGCCACUGAGGUGGAUGAUAUCUGCUUUGACUACGCUACCAGAAACGUGGAGCAGAACCAUUUGUCUGACCUCGUUAAAGUGGUCAAAGUUCCCCAGAAGACUCUGCUGAUGGACGCCUUGAAAGAAGAGACCGAGAUUGUGUACGACUUCUGCAUGUGCAACCCUCCUUUUUUUGCCAACCAGCUCGAAGCCAAGGGGGUCAAUUCAAGGAAUGCACGGCGGCCUCCUCCCAGCUCUGUGAACACGGGCGGGGUGACGGAAAUCAUGGCGGAGGGUGGCGAACUGGAGUUUGUUAAGAGGAUCAUUCAUGACAGUCUGCAGCUGAAGAAACGCUUGCGGUGGUACAGUUGCAUGCUGGGGAAGAAAUGUAGCCUGGCACCACUGAAAGAAGAGCUGAGGAAGCAAGGGGUACCCAAAGUGACGCACACAGAGUUCUGCCAGGGACGCACCAUGCGGUGGGCGCUGGCCUGGAGCUUCUACGAUGAUGUCAUCGUUCCCUCGCCCCCCAGUAAGAAGCGCAAGCUGGAGAAAGCACGGAAGCCUCUGUCCUUCACACUCCCAAAGGUGGCUCUUAAAGAGCUCCAGGUCAAGGCCCGUGCUUUGGGCUGCACUGGAUGCUAUCCUGCGGACGCCAUCGCAGCCCUGCUUGAGAAGACGCUCACUGAGCUUCGGGUGCUACACAAACGUGUUCCUUGCCAAGAGCAGGAGCAGAGCCUCCUCCUAACGGCUGUGGAGAACACUUGGAUCCACGGACGUCAGAAGCGACGCGAGCAAACUCGACAAUUACGAGAGCUGCCCAGAGCACCUCAAUGUGCCGCCGCCGCAGCAGCGGCUGCUAACUCCACGUUGCCGCUUAGCCAAAACAAGCAGGAGGAUCCCUCACAGGAGUCAGCUGACCAGCGGCCACCUGCAGAGCGUAUUGGUAAUGGAUCCCCUCCAGCUGAAACACACACCACAGGUGGAGCAGAAAAGGAGCUGGUGGAAAAGAUUGCAGGUGAGCACAAGGAAAUGGAGUCUGGGGCAUGCCCUGCAAAAACACGCGAGCCCCCGUUAAAACCAUCAGGCAGUCCGGGGUCGGUGGAACACUUCCUGUUCAAGUGUCUGCUCAAUGUGUUGAAUGAGGACAGCGAUGCAGUGGUCGAGAUGCACUGGGUAGAGGGUCACAAUAAAGACCUGAUGAACCAGCUGUGCACGUUCCUAAGGAACACUCUUUUAAAGUCUGUUGCAAAUUCCUAAUCAGUCAUGGUGAUUUUUAUACCGUAUUUGCCACCAUACUCUGACCACACAUUUAUUCAAACUUUGCAGCAAUCACAAUUACACUUAUACUUUAUGCUUUAAAAUUGCCAAAACAUUUGGAAUAAAUUUGUUUUUAUGAAA